CGGUGGUUUUGGAAUCACGGAGUGGAUACCAAACCACACCAGAAAGCUCAACCACGGUGCUCAGUCAACCUUCGGACGUCGUCGCGUUUGCAGCCAGUUCGGUUUCCUGCGUUCCUACGUUCAACACAGUGCGCCCAUUAGCAGCUGAGGUAAAAUCGCAAUACCACUAUUACUGGCCAAUAGUUUCACUUUAGGCCAAGGUCUUUGGGUAGUAAACGGGCCCACAGUGGUAAUCGCUUUUGCUUGUUUGUCAGCUACGUCGCUAUUCGUUUGCUUGCUUGUUUGAAGAAAGCUCCAAAAAUCAAAGUUUUGUCAUCACGUUAUUUGCUCUACGGUGGAUUUUGUGAGUGUUUUGGAAUCCCCUGAUAAGAAGGAAUUUCAAUUCUAUUGGCGGUAGCAGCAUCCAGCGCUAAACAGUUGUUGUUUUCGACCAUCGGUCACUUAUCAGCUGCUAAAUAGUGAGAGUUUGUGAUCUUUCGGUGCAUUUUGUGUGUACGAGUGAGCAAGAGCAAAAGAAAAUAACAGCCAACAAGAUGAGCGGAAAAGUCGACGAGAUUCUCACCUACAAGCGCAAUCCCGAUGAGGAUUUCUACGGGAUGCUCAACUGUGACGAGAACUCAGCGGUUGAGCAAAUUCAGGCCGAGUACAAGGUGCUUGCUCUGCAGUACCACCCAGACAAGAAUGCUGGAGACAAAGAUGCCGAAGCCAUGUUCCAGAAGUUAAAGCAAGCUAAGGAGAUUCUGUGUGACCCAGAAAAGCGUGCCAACUAUGACAAGUGGCGUGGCAGCGGCAUCCAGAUAAGCUACAAAAACUGGACCGGCAUGAAGGAGCACGUUCAACAGAGCAUGCACUGGGCCACACCAAAAACCAAGGAUCGCAUGCUGCCGGAAGCGGGCGCUACCACUGCCGCUGCUCCCACUGCCGCUGCUGCUGGUGCUGCUAGUGGUUUGAGUGCCGCUCAGCCCAACCCUGCUCACCGCCGUGCGUCGGAAGGUGGAGCAGCGUUGUACUACGGUGGCCGGAAGGGAGAAUGGGGUCAGGAGAAUCCAAGCGAAGUAGUUAACAAGUUCCGCAACUAUGAGAUAUAAGUUGGAAGGGAUGGUGUUGUUUUAAGUUGUUGAGUUACAUAAAUAAAUGCACAGGUAUGGGUGUAGGUUCCACGUGCCUUUUAGCUCGGUGCUAUCACUAAUCGUCAAGAUCGUUUGUGCUCCUUUUUACCGUGGUUUCAGUAUGGAUCUCAAAGGCAACCGGAAUCUGAUACCCUUAUCUGAUUUUAUAUUGUAUGGUUUAUUCAUGUUGUGUUUUUUAAAAGUAUUCUAACAAUUUUAAAUGGCAAUCAAAAAACGUUUUAUUAUUUUAUGUUUAUAUUUUACAAUCAAUUUGAUUGAAUUAGACACUUUUCGAUCCAAAAUGGUUCGUUUAAGUGAAAUGAUAUCGAAAGUUAAUGAUCUUAUUCUGAUAUAAAAAAUUUCACAGUAGCUGAUAAAAUGUUUGUUGUUUGAUAAACUAUUGUGUCAUGUUAAUUAUGAAAAAUUAAAACAAUAUGGUAAUAGUACAUUCAUUAGCGAUGUAAACAUUGAAGAAAAAUCUAUGUUGAUUCAAAUAUGUGUGAAGAAAAUGAAAAAAAAAAAGAAGUUACAACUUAAUGUCGAUAGAUAUUUAAUUAACAAGAAAAACAAACACAUCACUGAGUAAUGUAUUUCAUGUAGUAAACUUACGUUAGCAGCGACGGUCGUCGAAUCGCGUAGAAAGAUGCAUCAAAUGAGAGUAAUAAUUUCCAUAUACAUGAACGAACAACACAAAGCAAAAGAUCGCGUAUCUUCCUUCUCAAUGCGGCAAAGAAAACUGCGAACUGUUAAGAGUAAACAACAUCAUGUUUGCGCUAAAAAAAAAACAUACAAUCUAUAGCAUACAAACCAGUAUACAUGUGUAACGUUUAUAAAUUUUGUACCCAGAUGAAGGACAAAAGAAGGAAAUCAAAAUAGAUAUUCUAUACUGUUGAAGACUAAUGUUUCCCUCAUCGUAAUGAAAGGAAUGGUGUUUUUGAUAUCGUAGACUAUUUUUCCACCUCUAGAAGAUAAGACCAUGCAGGGUGAAGAACUGGAAACUUGUCAAGAGCAGUUCUCAUGUAGUGAGUUUACAAAGAAUUGAGACUUUUCCGUCUCGAAUUCACAAACCGUUUUGGAUAAGACCAAGAGGAAAAGCCCGUUUAAAAUGCCUCCACCUUUUUCCUUCACCCUUUCCUGCCUUCGGGACGGUUGCAAUAAAACUUGUUCAACAAUGACUUUAUAUAUAAACAAAUUUGAAACUAAAGGGAAACUCUAUAUUGCUAUAUUUUAUAUUCAUCCUUUCUUUACAAUAAUAUACUUUACACAAACAAACCCUCCAAUAGAUGGACUAUAUAUUUUAUCGAAUAGGAGAAGAAAGUUUUUUUCUAUAUACACCACAAAUCAAACAAUAGGAAAGCACUUCGAAGAAAAGCCUUCCCUCAGCGUUGUACCUUUGCUAAGACAGAAACUAUUUAUUCUCAUAGAUAUCCAGGUUGGAAAUCCUUCGUGCAAUCAUUCCAACAAUUGCCUGUAAGGUGAAAGAAAAACAUCAUCCGAUGAUGGGUGGUCUGGACUUCAUUGGAACUCAAGCUGAUGUAAGGUUCAGCUAUGACAGGAAUGAGUGCACGUAAAUUUGUAUCGUUUUUGUUUUUGCGGUGUAGCUACACCACCGUACAACAACAUUAUUCAGGAUGUAGAUUUCGGGUGCACCUUUGUUUACAAACAAAUCAUGUUGGCCUGUCAAUUACUUCCGCUUGUUGCUAGAUCGCAAAAACAAAAAUGACAUUAGAAGGAACCGUCUCCAUAUCCCACCAGAAGUUAUUUAUAUCCAAUCCUAGACCAAUGAGAACAAAUCAAAAUCAUAAAGAUGGCUUGCAGAAGAAAAUCAUGAAUGAGAAUGAGACUUAAAGUAUAAAUAUUUUCCAGUUAUCGAUGAUUUACCCCAAACAUAAAAUUAAAAAAAAAAGA